UCGACCCACAGUACAGGAGGAGGAAAGAUCCAGAGGAGAUACCAGAGAGAUAAUGCUUUUAACUUCCUGAUCCAUUUAAAUAUAAUCAGGGCAUUUAAACAGAAUAUACACAGCAAAAACAAAAACACACUCGGGGGGGGGGGACCAUGAAGCACGGUUUCCCAAAUGGGAAUAAGAAGGAUCUCCACACAAGGCAAUGAGCCCAUCAGACCUUCCUCCAUCAUUAAAAUUCUGUAAUUACACACCUGCCACCACCAAGACCACCACCUGCUUUCUCCAGAUGUCCCAGCAAACAUGGGUAGUGUCAGCAGUUUGAUAUCAGGCCAUAGCCUUCACAGCAAACACUGCAAAGCCUCUGAAAACAAACUCAAAAAGGGGCUUCAGUCUAAGAAAAAAGGCCGUAGCUUGGACGGCCUUCUGAAGUAUGGCUUCUCUCAGGACCAUUGCGCCACCAACAACAACUCAAAAGUCAGCUAUCAUUCAGGCAAAAAUGACGACUUCUUUUACAUCAAGGUCAGCAACAAGCCCAGAGCUGCUCACCAUAACAUUAAUACAGCUGAAGACUGUCAAGGAAGAACAGCUGAAAUGGACAAUGAGGUGGACAGGAGAAGAGGGCCACCAGAAUUAGUUCCGCUGUCUGGAAAACUAGAAAAGAGUGUAGAGAACGCUUUGAUUCGGCCGACCGCCUUUAAACCUGUUCUUCCUCGAAGCAGCAGUUCCUUGGUGGAGACUCAUAACAACUUGAGCACUAUCCUGGGCAAGAGAAUUAGUCCCAUAGACAGGCUCAAAGAUCUUCAGGACCCCAAGUUGGAGACAAAUUCUGGUACCUUCUCUGACUCUGGAAGGAACUCUAUGUCCAGCCUGCCCACCCACAGCACCAGUGGCAGCAGCCAGAUGGACAACCUAAGCACUUCAACUAAUCACAUGGUGCGCCAUGGAGGCCUUGGCCAAAACAUGGAAACAUCUCAGAACCAACAGGGGGCUGUAGUUGGAAUGAAUGGAAACUCUGGAUCUAGUAGGAUGUGUAGUGGGACUAAUGGAAACAGUUGGGCCGAUGGAUUUUGUGAAACAAACAGAAGUGGCGAGUCUACAAAUGGCAACACAAGAUCCAUUGGUGUCCUCAGCGAAAGUGUGGCAGCUGCAAUAAGUUUGAACAGAGAAAUAACUGCUGCAGCACUGACAGUCUCAUCCACGGAGCAAAAGAUUGAUUUCUCUGGAAACCAAGAGCAGAUUCUUGAACACAGAUUUACAAUUUCAGAGCAAAAUCCAACAAAACCAUCAGCAUCUGGGGGCUGUGUCCGAUCACCAAUUUCAAUGAAUGAAUCACUAAUACAUCAGCUGGAGCACAAACUCCUAGAACGUGAAAGUGAGCUGGCAGAGUUACAAACGAGCCUUGAGGAGAAGGAGUCAGACACAUGUCAGCUAUUUGAGGAGAAGCAACGCUACUGUGCAGAGGAGAUGGAAGGGUUGAAACAACGCUGUUCUACAAAACUUCGUCAAGUGUCCCAGAGGGCUUUGAGAGCCCAACAGUUAUUGCAACUUCAGGUGAUACAACUUCAACAGGACAAGGAACGUCUGCAGGAGGAAGUGGACCAGCUAAAUCGUGACAGGGACACUGCAGAAAGCCGACUUCGAAUCUAUGAGAGCCAGAGAAACCUUGUACCUACACUAGAAGAGACUCAGUGGGAGGUGUGCCAGAAGUCAGGUGAGAUUUCUCUGCUGAAGCAGCAACUUAGGGACUCCCAAGCCGAUGUUGGGAACAAACUCAGUGAGAUUGUCAGUCUCAAAGCUUCUCUGAAGGAGUCCAAAUGCAAGAUGGAAGAACUGGAACAGAAGAUCAAGGGGUAUGAGGAAGCUCUUCACCAGCGGUGCGCUGAGGUCGAGGUAUCUAAGAAUGAGUUUCAAAGAAAGAAGAAUGAGGCUGACCUCCUCAGGGAGAAGGUGAACAUGCUGGAAACAGACAUCAAGGGCAUGAAGCAGGACCUGGCAUUGGCCAAAGAGGAGCAACAGAAGCUAAUGACCAUGAGAGCCAAGGUUGAGGAGAAACAGCUGCAACUUAAGAUAAGCCAAGCUCGGAUGGAGGCCUUUGGUGCUAGUCAAGACAAAUCAAAAUCCCAGGAGGGAACUGGUGCCAGUAAAAUACUUCAUCAUAAUGGAGGGACCACUGGCUUGGAUACCCUACACAAGGAAAUAGAAAGGCUGAGAGGGGAACUGAAGGAGGAGAAGCAAAAGAAACAUAAGAUGAUGAAUAGCUUCCAGCAAGAGAGACAAACUUGGAACAAAGAGAAAGACAAAGUAAUCAAAUACCAAAAGCAGUUGCAGUACAAUUAUUUGCAGAUGUACAGAAAGAACAAGGACCUGGAGAAGAUUCUGAAGGAGCUAACGGCUGAGAUGGAUAGCCGGACAGAGAUGGACAUAGACAGCCAUAGCUCGGACCUGAACUUUGAUAAAGUUGUAGCCACAGAGAUAUGAGGUCAUAGAGAAUGAAUGUUUUCACAAUUAACCGAAUGGUCUUAAAAGGGUGAAUGUUCUAGUGGGCGGAAUUCACAAAUUUAAAGAGAGAAACAUAACGUCACAGAAGAUUUUGAGAUGUCAGGAGAUGCUCGAAACUUAAGAAUACAACAUCACUUGUACAGACCUCCAAAAGCUUUUCUCCUUUUAGAUUGAACACAUAAUUAAAAAUAUUAGGAUGUCGGCCAUGUGUAUCCCUUAAAGAUGCAGUAAGUGAUUUUGUUCUUUUAGAAUGGCACUCAGAAAAUAUUCCUGACUUGACAGCUCUCACUGAAUUUAUGCUUCUUAAACUAUCACAUCUGUUUCUGUGGCAGCCAUAAAUUCUGUAAAAUCCAAAUAAUUGACCACAGUCAGAUUCUUUCUUUAGCAAUUUUUUGCCUGUUAGUCACUUUGUGCAUUCAUAGGACAGCCCAUAAAUGAGAAGGGGGUGUUUAUGAGUGUGGUAGUUGUAGUUGAUUAAUUCAAGCUAAGCACCAUAUCCAGUUUCAUAGGCAAUUAACAGGUGUUAGUUUGUCAUUCAAGAACUAUUAUUUUGCUACAGUUUAGUUUUGACAUCUUGGAAAAUGAUAUAUGCUACUGUUCUGCUUUCUGAUCUCUGAUUACAAUGGUCUCUAUGGUAUAACAGGGUGGGCUUAUUGGGGUUAAAUCAGCAGAAGUUACAGAAUGGCUACUGCUUACAGCACCUUUAAUCUGUGCGAAUUAAACCAAAUGCUUUACCUCCUACUUACCCAAACAAUCCAGUGCUUCUUGCCUAAACCUUAAGCAAAUAUAAUAGUCUCACUACAAGGCAAUAAAGUGGGGUGAAUAUUUUAUUUGCUGUAAAUGCUAGUUUUGCACUUUCUCUGUUUUAUAUGACAGUAAUUCGUAUCACCUUAUCACCUUGGCAGACAGGCUCAUAGAAACAUUAUACAGGGAUAUUGUAGAUCAACUCUCAGUUGUGUUUUUUUUUCCCAAACUUGCCCUGGUAUGAUUGAUCACGUGACUUAAGAACCAGUCCUGUUUUGGCUUCGUGACAUCAAACCAAGCACAGUGCAUCUGAAAGGUGACGUUUUCUUCUAAUUAAAAAAAAGCAUGAAUGAGAUUUUAAAAAUUUGGAAUAGAAGAUAACCCAUGAAUAAAUGCUUAAAUUGUUGGUCUAUUACUCAAACAAUGGCUUCAGAAGACCUAGAACAUGCUCAUGAGUCAUGUGGACUACUUUUGUUGUGUAUUGGUUUUCUUCUUUUUUUUAAAUAUGAAUCACUAUCCACUGUCUAACUGUCUGUCUGAAGACAAUUAUCAUUUCUUCCCAGUUUCACAGGCAAGGCUUAGGUCUAUUCCCCGAAUAAAAUACCUGUUUGAGCUGAUUUAACUGAAAACAACUUGCACAGACAAAUCUUAAAAUAUGUUAGUGCCAUUGUCAUUGUUUCAAGAUGGACACCAGUAAUGUUGUUUUCUAAGGAACUUUUAUAAAAGUUACAUAAAUGUCCUAAUUGAACUGUCUGUGAAACGAGGAUAAUGGAUUUGUAAACAAUAAUGUUUAAUGGAAGAUGAAAAAUAAUACUUGGUUAGAACAAUAAGAGUAAGUACAUAACAAAUUUUUGUCUUCCUGUGG